AUGUAUGUGGGAUACCUACUGGAUAAAGAAACCGGCAUGUAUCACCAAGGGCCAGUAAGAAGACCAAGCAUCAAUCUGCCUCCACAGAACUUUGUUUCUACUCCUCAAUAUCCCGACUUUACCGGAUACCAUCAUGUGCCAAACAUGGAUACGCACACACAGUCUGCAGGGAGCUGGGGACCUACAUAUGGUGCUCCAAGGGAGGACUGGGGCGCAUAUAGUCUUGGACCUCCUAAUACUAUUCCUACGCCCAUGAACAACUCGUCUCCUGGACAGGUUCCUUACUGCUCAUCUGAGUACAGUCAUAUGCAUCCUCCAGGAUCCGCGGUGUUACAGCCGCCACCUGAAAACGUUACAGUUGCACAACUUUCUCCUGACAGAGAAAGACGCAAUUCAUACCAGUGGAUGAGUAAAACUGCACAGUCUUCGUCUACAGGUAAAACAAGAACGAAGGAGAAAUACAGGGUAGUGUACACAGACCACCAGAGGCUGGAGCUGGAGAAGGAGUUUCAUUUUAACAGAUACAUCACGAUCAGGAGGAAAUCUGAACUAGCUGUCAACCUGGGGCUUUCAGAGAGACAGGUCAAAAUCUGGUUUCAGAACCGCAGAGCCAAAGAGAGGAAACUGAUUAAGAAGAAGAUGGGUCAGUGUGACGGCAGCGGGGGCUCAGUGCACAGUGACCCGGGGUCGGUGAGUCCUCUGCCGGUGCCGGGUUCCCUCAGCCCCUCGGACAUGCACGGAUCUCUGUACCCUCCACAGGGAAUGAACACCUUGCCGUCUAUCAGGAAUAUACAGCAGGUGACGGUGACUCAGUGA